AUGCAGCGCGUCGUUGGCGAGACGUCGCCGUACUGCCAAAUCGAUGGCAACGUGCUCACGGAGCACUUCAAGAAAAUAUAUUCUAAAUCUGACUUUUCUGUUUCAGAUGCACCAGCUGCUGUCCCGGACUUUCCCGCCACCAUGCCCCCUGAUGUCAACGAGGAGGUCCUGCCGCUGAUCACCGCCACAGAGGUGCAACAGCGGCUCCAGAAGGCGAUCAAUACUGCUCCUGGGGCAGACGGAGUCACCUACUCGGACUUGCGACGUGAGGAUCCUGGCUGCCAUGUGCUAGCUAGGAUCUUCUCGCGCUGCUGGAAUGAGCGGAAGAUUCCAGUGCAGUGGAAAGUAUCCACUACCGUCCUCAUCCACAAGAAAGGGGACGUCUCGGACGCGACGAACCGGAGGCCCUUAGCAUUGAGCUCCACCAUCACUAAGCUCUUUGCUGCAAUCAUGGCGGAUCGUACAAUCCUCUGUGCAGAGCGUUUGAACCUGCUCUCCCAAGAACAGAAGGGUUUCCGCACUUUUGAAGGCUGCUAUGAGCACAACUUCAAUGUGCAGACGGCGAUUGAUGAUGCAAGGCGCAGGGGAGGCCAAGCAUGCUUUGUUUGA